AUGACCUGGAUAUCGAAAUCAAUCACUGGUUUGGGAUUGGUGUUUCUGGCGCAUGCCUGCUAUUCCGCCCACGAGCACUCUGCCCUCCUGUCUGGAAGCGCCGCCGCGAUAUCCUCCCUGACCGCGCAAACAGCACCGGUUACCGCUGCCCUACCCCUCGAUAUCUCCAUUGAGACGAUCGUAGCUGUCUUCACAAUUUGCCUUGGUCUUGUGCUUGGAACUCCUGAAUUACGACCAAUACAAUGGCGUGUCUGGGCUGGUAAAAUUGAGCGCGAGGGAGAGUAUGGGUUUAUGAAUGGUGACGGAGAAGUGGACAAGGACUUUGUGGGGAAUCCAUUUCGCGUGUUGGAGAGCAGGCCGGGUUUCGUGGAUAUUCGAAAGCAGAGGAAAGAAUUUGCUGAGUGGGUUCGGGAAGGCGGAAAUGGGCAGGCUCCUAAGAGUUGA